CUCGAUUUUAAUAAUAACAGCGAAAAGAAAACCAUCCGCCGGAGGCCGGAGGGCAGAUUCUCCACCACCGCCUCCACCCCGCCCUCACGACGCGAAUCUGCGGCGAAUCCCCCUCUCGGAUUCCUCCUCGGCUCCCCGCCCCGCCCCGCCCCGAUCGCGCCGUCCAGAGGCCGCCAGGCUCCGGCGCCCCCGCCCGCCCGGGCUCGCCGGGGGUCGGGAUGCCCUGCUGCCCGCCGUCGCUGCUCGGAGUCGGGCCGCGGCUGCGCUCCUUCCUCCGCGACUACGACGCGCUCCAGUCCCUCGCCCUCGCGCUCAUCUACCUCCAGAUUGUUUGUGCACUGAUCGGAUCACUUGGGGCAUUGUUCAAUGGGGUUCUUGUGAUCAACCUGGUGAUUGGUCUAUUUGCUGUUGUUGCAAUUGAGAGCAGUAGCCAGAGACUUGGCCGGACAUAUGCUGUCCUUCUCUUCUUUGCUGUCGUCAUUGACGUUGCUUGGUUUAUACUCUUCUCACAUGCUAUCUGGACGAUUACUCCUGAUGAGAAGUAUGGUCGACUUUUUGUUUUCUCACUCAGACUAGCAUUGUGGAUGCAAAUCAUUGGGUUUUCAGUAAGGUUUUUGUCUUCAUUCUUAUGGAUUCAGAUGUAUAGAUUAGGGGCUUCUUCCAGCACGCCAACAUAUUUUGAAACCAACCAUGAAGCAAGAAAUAGUUUCUUAAGCCCUAGAUCUGAUUCUGUUAGACGGAGUUCCAUGGCAGAUGAUAUAUUGGGAGGUUCAAUCUAUGAUCCUUCUUACUACUCGUCACUGUUCGAGGAUGUUCGAAACAAUUCAUGCAAUCAUCAGGGUGAUAAACAAAGUGGUAGUAAUGACAGUGGUUCUACAUCUGCAGGCCAGUCUCCACGACUUAAAUCUUUUGCUUGUAGAUCUCUUCUGGCUAAUGAUGUGGAAAGUGGACUAAGAAGACCAUUGAACUCCUAGGAUAAAACAGCGGGUUCAUGUUGAAGGUGGACCAUAUUUUGAGAACCUAUACCUGUAGCCAUUGUUCAUCGUUCUCUUUGAAACAUAGAGGUUUGCACACCGCAGCAGUUCAUUUCUCAGACCAGUGGAAGGGCGUUGUCCAACAAAAGGAGCUUGGCAAAUACUGUAACGGUGACUGCCUGUGUUACCGAGGAUCCACAGCAUGACAGCAGUCUUGCUGCCAUUUUGGACCACCUUUCGUACUCAGCGAGCUUGAGCCGGAUGGUUCUGCACAGAGCUGUUCAGUUUAUGUCAUGCGAUAUGUUUACUGCCCAUCACGGUCCAUUUUUCAGACCUGCCUUCCUGUUUCUUUUAGCUACCAAGGAAAAAGAAGCAGGUAGUUCGUUAGUUCUUUAGUCACUUGGUUAUUUUCUAGCGUAGGCUGGCAGUUGCUUCUCUCCGAGCAUUUUGGUCAUUGUUCAUAGUCUUAUCUUGACAAGGAGCACAUCUCUGGAUCAGUAAAGGAAAGAAAUGUAAAUUUCAUUCGGUUCUAGAAAGAGUUCAAAUUCCUGUUUUAAGUAUGAGUUUUGUUAGAAACGUUGCAGGGUUUUCACAUGAAUCUGUUCUGUCCCCAUAGGAAUAUAGAAAAAAAAAUCCACAUUUUGCAAGUUAUACAAGUCAAUUCCGUC